CAGAUACUACAAUGUCUCAGAAGUACGCCAAAGACCAGCCUGAGGGCUUUGCCAACAAAAUUGAACGAGUUGCCAUUAUUGGUGCUGGUGGAAGUGUUGGCAAGUACUUGGCCAAGUAUCUCAUCGCGACAGGCAAGCACACAGUCACUGCCGUCACCCGUAAAGGCAGCACCAGCAAAUUCCCUGAAGGCGCUCGCACUGUCACUGUCGACUACGAUGAUGAGAACUCCAUCGUUGAGGCACUUCGAGGCCAACAGUUCCUCGCAAUCUCUCUCUCAGUGUCCGCAGCCCCCGGUACCCAAGAGAAGAUUAUUGCUGCAGCCGCCAAAGCAGGUGUUCCAUGGAUCAUGCCCAACUGUUACGGUAUCGACAUCACCAACAAGUCACUCGCCGAGGAGAACCUGACUGGUGGAAGUGUGUUCCCAGGAAUCAAUGCCAUCGAGGAAAAUGGUGUAUCCUCAUGGAUUGCCAUGUGCUGUUCCUUCUGGUACGAGUUCUCUCUGGCCCAGGGUCCUGAAUGGUACGGUUUCGACUUGACUGGCGACAAGAAAAAGGUUACGCUGUACGAUGAUGGCAACACCCGGAUCAACAGCUCAACUUGGGAUCAGUGUGGUCGAGCUUUCGCAGCUCUUCUGAGUCUGAAGGUCAUUCCUGAGGAUGAGAACGACAAGUCCCCUACCAUCUCCAAGUGGCGUAACAAGCCCCUCUACAUCUCCAGCUUUCUCAUCUCUCAGCGAGAGAUGCUCGACAGCUUUCAGCGAAUCACCGGCACUACAGACAAGGACUGGGAGAUUGAGUAUGAAGGUUCCAAGGAGCGCUGGCAGCGAGGCAUGGAUCUUCUCAAGAAGGGGGAUCGUUCUGGCUUUGGACUCGCUAUGUAUGCUCGAACGUUCUAUCCCAAUGGCGAUGGAAACUUUGAAGCCAAGUAUGGCCUUGCGAAUGAGGCUUUGGGUCUACCUAAAGAAGACGUAGAUGAGGCCAACAAGAGGGCUUUGAAGAUGGUCGAGGACAACUACAACUACUUUGCGAACCGAAAUCAUUAAAGGUUCAGUGGAAGAAUAAGAAGGAACUGGCAUUGAAUGUACAGAGAGAUUUGGUAGAUUGGACUUUCCGAGAUAAAUAAGCAGCAUGAUCACUCACGC